AUGGGCAGGCGCAAGAAGGCACAACGUGCUCGUAGAGAAGGAGGACGGGGUGUGGGUGGCGGUGGUGGAGGUGGAGGGGGACCACCGCUGCCUCCGCUCCAUGCGGCGGCGGCAAGCAAUGACGCCAAUGCGCUGGCAACGCUGCUCAUGACAGCAGGCGAGAUCGACGAGAGGACACCACUAAGAAAUGCGACACCACUGAUGCAUGCUUGCUUCCAUGGCAAGUACCUGGCUGCCAGACUGCUGCUUGAAGCUGGCGCAUCUGUCAAUGCUGCCGAUUCCAAGCUCCGGACUCCGCUCCAUCACGCGUGCUACUCGCGAUCCAAGCCGGUCAUUGCCCUCGUUCUGGCAUAUGGCGGCGAUCCUCGUGCCGAGGACGCCCGCAAUCUCAAGCCGCAGGCUGUGUUCAAGGAUGGAAAAGAGAACGACCUACUUGCCUGGUAUCGCUGCAGGCUGAAUCCGUCGCUGACGCCUGUCUCCAAGUCCGAGGCCAAGCUGCUGCGCGCGGUCGAGGCCGGCAACCAGGCCAAGGUGCUGGACAAGCUGGACAAGGGCCGAUCGCCGGACGUGGCAGCGCCUGAUGGGACGUUUGCACUGGCAAUUGCGGUCCGUGCCGGCUCGACCGACCUCGUCGACCUGCUGCUGCUGCACGGGGCCGACGCGUCGCGGCCGGACGUGCGUGGCAACACGCCGCUGCACUGGGCGGCGAUCGAAGGCCGCGUCGACAUCAUGGCGUCGCUGCUGGACAUGGGCGCGCUUCUCAAUGUGCCGAACAGGGCGUCUGCUUUUGCGCCGCUGCACCUGGCGGCGUCCAAGGGCCACAUGGCGGCCGUCGACAUGCUCAUCGCCGCUGGCGCGCGGGCGCUGGUGGUGGACAAAGACGGACAGACGCCGCUGUUCUGGGCGGCGCGCCACGGGCACGCCGACAUUGUGCGGAUGCUCAUUGAUGCUGGGCGCGGAGCUGGCGGUGCCGGCGAGUCGAUGCCCGACGUGUACGGCGUGUACCCGUUGCACGCCGCGACGCUCUCGGGCGAGGCUGAGAGCGUCAAGGUUCUGCUUGGGCACGGGCGGGCGGACGUCAACGUCGCAACCUCGUCGGGUCGGACGGCGCUCCACACUGCCGCCUACAACGGCGACGCCAAUCUUGUCCAGCUGCUGCUUCUCAACGGAGCUCGGCCAUCGCACAACCGGCGCGAGGGCGACACGGCGCUGCACAUUGUGGUGAAGCGGAUGUGCGAUCCGGUCAACUCGGACAAGGCCUCACAGGCUGCGUUCGAGGCCACACUUUCGACCCUCAUCGGCGGCACAACUAACCUCAACCCACGCAACUCCAAGACUAAGACGCCGCUUGAGGUCAUCGACCCGGUACGUGCGUUCAACGUCAAGUCGCCCGAGCGCAAGGCCGCGCUCAUGCUCGCCGGCGCCGGCGCCGACGUCGGUGUCCUCCUCGCCGCGCCCUCGUCGGAUGACAAGCGUGAGCUUCACGAGGUCCUCGCCACGCAUGUGACGGCAACCAAGCUCGAGAUGCCCAAGGGCUGGCGGGCCAAGGUCACGUCGACCAUCCGCAAGCGCAAGUACUUUGUCAACAAGGCCAAAGGCGAGACGACGUGGCACGAUCCGCGACUCGAGGCCGCCAAGGAGGCCCGCUCCACCGGGCGCGGCGGACUCGCCGGCCCGUCGGGCGGCGCCAUGCUCCUUGACUCCAUCACCUGCGCCCUCUGCCUCGAGCUCAUGUACCGUCCGGUCACCACCACCUGCGGUCACUCGUUCUGUCACAUCUGUCUCUCCGAAGUCUUCAAGUUCAAGCCCGAGUGUCCGCUCUGCCGCGCCGUCCUCGACGCCGAGCCGGCGGUCAACACUGUCCUCGCCGAGGUCAUCUCCUCGUCGUUCCCGGAGCAGUACGAGGCGCGGCGGCUUGACGCCGAGGCAAUGGCCUGAGCGCGCCACCCGCCAGCACGUUAGUGCCGAUCGCAGGUCAUGUCGGCGAGCUUGAGCCCGCGCUCGUGAACGUACGCCGGCCAGCGCGCAUUAAAGUCGCGCCAGGCGAGGCCAGCCGGCGGCGCCACCAUCAUGCGGGUGUCGACAGCGGCAAAGGCAGCGCGAC